CUGGCAACAAGAUGUUCUGGCACACAACAUCUGUGUGCAGUCCCUUCUGACCUGAGCACUUCCAUAUCCAUACCUAUUUAUGGACAGCUUUCAAGAGAAUCUUACUCGAAAUACAGGAGUUUGGACCAUAAACAACGCUAGUUUGAAAAUACUUUUUAAAAGGUUGUAUUCCUCAUUUAUAUGACAUAUUGAAAAUCACCUCGCGUCUUCCAGUUCUUAAUUGUGCGCUUGCGCACAAAGGAAACGGGAGCUAUCCAAGUGCUGAAUCUGAAGAGGCGUCCACUUGUCUCCCAUUCCAGCAGUGGACCAUCUUCAUCGCAAGGAAACAUUAUGCUUCAACAUCGCUAUAUGUUUUAGAGAACAGACAUCUGUUCAGUGAGUUUUUGAAUGAAAGUAAGAACGUCUCCUUGAAGGCUCCAUAUUCCACGGCUUGGCGAAUUGUGUCACCUCACGACGUUUUUUCUACAGGUUAUUUUUUGGUGGCAAUGGCUCAGAAUGUAUGAUUCUUUACAGAUUAUCAACAACAAUACCGCACCAGGGAAUCAGUGUUUCAUCAAACUAAACUAUGAUCCUACGGACUGGAAUGCCACCUGCGUAUUCUCUGUGUGCCACGAGAACACCCAACCGCGCUUUGGUCAGAAAUAAAGCGAUACUACUGCUUGGAUUGUGUGUUUGACCAACAUUCACAUAUGGAAGAAAUAAAGAAGUGAAGAAAUAAAAAAAUCUAGAGGAAUGAAUCGCCCCUUUAUCAAAGUCUUGACUGCUUUAUUUGCAUGUUUAAUGGAGACCAACAACAGCAGGGUGGUGGAUGCCAAAGAGCAUGAAUCCAGAUCAGGAUCUACUACUAACUUGUCUCCCUCAGACUUUCUGGACUCAUUGAUGGGUAGAACAUCAGGUUAUGAUGCACGAAUAAGACCGAACUUCAAAGGUCCCCCAGUUAAUGUUACCUGCAACAUAUUUAUCAACAGCUUUGGUUCUAUAGCAGAAACUACAAUGGAUUACAGAGUGAACAUCUUCCUGCGACAGAAGUGGAGAGACCCUCGGCUGGCGUAUAGCAAAUACCCAGACUCCUCUCUGGACCUGGACCCGUCCAUGUUGGAUUCUAUCUGGAAACCUGACCUGUUCUUCGCAAAUGAGAAAGGCGCCAACUUCCAUGAUGUCACCACAGACAACAAGCUCCUGAGGGUCUUCAAGGAUGGUACCGUCCUGUACAGUAUCAGGUUGACUCUCAUUCUAUCUUGUCCGAUGGAUCUGAAGAACUUUCCCAUGGACAUGCAGAUCUGUACCAUGCAACUGGAAAGCUUUGGCUACACCAUGAAUGAUUUGAUCUUCGAGUGGGAGAGCAAGGACAAAAAUCCUGUGCAGGUGGCUGCAGGGCUGACCCUCCCCCAGUUCAUCAUGAGAGAUGAGAAGGAGCUGGGAUACUGUACCAAAAGCUACAACACCGGUAAAUUCACCUGCAUUGAGGUGAAGUUCCACCUGGAGAGACAGAUGGGUUACUACCUGAUCCAGAUGUACAUCCCCAGCCUCCUCAUAGUCAUCCUCUCCUGGGUCUCCUUCUGGAUCAACAUGGACGCCGCGCCCGCCAGGGUGGCGCUGGGCAUCACCACUGUGCUCACCAUGACAACCCAGAGCUCCGGCUCCCGAGCCUCCCUUCCUAAGGUGUCCUAUGUGAAGGCCAUUGAUAUCUGGAUGGCCGUGUGUCUCCUGUUUGUAUUCGCUGCCCUACUGGAAUAUGCUGGGGUUAACUUUGUCUCCAGGCAACAGAAGGAUUUACUUCGCUUGAGGCGAAGACAGAAGCGGACUCACAAGGAUGACGACAUCAGGGAUGGCCGCUUCAAUUUCUCUGGUUACGGCAUGACUCAGUGUCUGAAGGAUGGGUCGGCUGUUAAAAACGCUGUCCCAAACCCCAGCCCAGCACCACCAACCCCUAAAGACAAAGAGGUGAUAAGGAAGAGGUUUGUGGACAGAGCCAAGAGGAUUGACACUGUGUCCCGAGCAGCCUUCCCUAUGGCCUUCCUCCUCUUCAACAUCUUCUACUGGAUAACAUACAAGGUCAUCAGGCAUGAGGACAUUGGCAUGCAGUCAGGGUAGUCACUCUGCCCUGCAGGUUUUACCUAUGGAACUCUCAUCUCUCUCUCUCACUGUCAUUUUUCUGAAUGAGAAAUGUUUGACAGCACAGUGAGUCUACUGUAUGUUGUGGGACUGUACAUGGAGGAGAGUCACAGUGAUACUGGGGGUGGUGGUGUUCUUUCAGGGAUAAUUGAUAGGUGUUCAUGCAAAAUCUAAUAGACUAAUGCACAUGUUUUAGAUGAACAAGUGAACAAUUGGUGAGGCACAGAUGUAUGUUUUCGAUGUGUUCCUAUGCGUUAAUGCAUCCUGGAGAUUCUAAUGGGUUUCUACUCAAGGCACAGAGCAAUGAUGUAAAAAGGUGGACCAAAUUAUGAGACAAUACUGCCUUUGCAUUUGUGCAACCUUGCAAUGGAGCAACAUUCCAUGGAUUUGUAUGUGGAGUAGUCUGGGCUUUAGGGUUAGACUUUUGUGUGGUGAAAAAAAAAGUUUUCAUAUGAAGGUUGAUUUAGAACAGUUUUAUACAAUUGUACUGCAGUUCCUCACUGUUUCUACAAGCAGCAGUUCUUCUAUUUAUUAGGCAACGAGCACAAUGUACACACACACACACACACACACGUUUUACUAUCCUUGUGGGGACCAAACAAUUGAUUCCCAUUCAAAAU